UUAGCUUCUCUCUCUUUUACUUUGCAACAAAAUAGAGAAAACAUCAUCUUUCAUUUUUUUUCCUUAGAAAACCACAAAUCUCUCUUUAUUGAGGAAAAACUAUAAUAAUUCUCCCAAUUGAAAACAUCAGUUUUGUUGCAGAGCUCAAAAGUUUUGCUUGAUUCUGUUUCUUAACUGCAACUGCAGUGCAGAGUUACUGGUGUGUAUUUUUUUGCUGCUUUUAACCAAUCUUUGUUUCUUUUUUUGUCCAUAUAUAUGCAUUUUUAUGUCAAAGUUUGUUUCUUUUCUGGGUAUUUUCUAAUAGUUACUGAUACCCUUUAGAUUUUCAAGCUUUUGAGAUCUGAAAUUUGAGGUAUGGACAAUUGGGUUUUCAAUAAAAAGAAGAAGAUCAAUUGUUUUGAAUCAAGUUAAGAUGGGUUUAUUUUAGAUUGGUUAAUUGGUGUUGUAAAAUGUGUUAAAGGUUGAAGCUUUGGAGAAAAAAAAGAAAAAGAAUUGUCUUUUUAGUUCUUGUUUCAUCUUAGGAAUAUAAAAUUUGGAAUCUUUUUUUGGGUGUUUUGUAGUUGAAGGGAUUUUAUUUUACUAGGUAGAUAGAUAUGGUUACUGGGAAUAUGUUGUGGAGUGGUGAGGAUAAAGCUACGGUGGCGGCUGUUUUAGGAAAGGAAGCUUUUGAAUAUUUGAUGUCUGGCUCUGUUUCAGCAGAAUGUUCUUUAAUGGCAAUAGGGAAUGAUCAGAAUUUGCAGAAUAAGCUUUCAGAUCUCGUGGAAUGCCCAAACGCCGCUAACUUUAGCUGGAAUUAUGCCAUCUUUUGGCAAAUUUCGCGGUCUAAGUCAGGGGAAUUGGUGCUAGGGUGGGGGGAUGGGUGUUGCAGAGAGCCUAAGGAAGGAGAGGAGCGUGAGGUUAAAAGGAUUUUCAAUCUACGCCUCGACGAUGAGGGUCAACAAAGGAUGAGGAAGAGGGUACUUCAAAAGUUGCAUAUGUUAUUUGGUGGAACAGAUGAAGAUAACUAUGCUUUUGGAUUAGAUAGAGUUACUGAUACUGAAAUGUUCUUCCUUGCCUCGAUGUAUUUUUCGUUCCCUCGAGGAGAGGGAGGUCCGGGGAAGUGUUUUGGAUCAGGUAAGCACUUGUGGUUAUCAGAUGCAUUGACAUCUAAUCUAGAGUAUUGUGCUAGAUCUUUCUUAGCUAAGUCUGCUGGUAUGCAAACUAUUGUUUUGAUUCCAACUGAUGUAGGAGUUGUGGAAUUGGGGUCAGUGAGAUCAAUUCCGGAAAGUUUGGAGCUAUUACAGAAUAUAAAAUCUUGCUUCUCGUCGUUUUUGUCACUUGUUAGGGAUAAGCAAGCAGCAGGUAUAGCAAUUGUACCUGAGAAAAAAGAGGGAAACAAUCCCCGCCUUUCCAACUCAGGCGCUGUUACUGAACGAACAGACGGAAAUCCUAAGCUAUUUGGGCAUGAUUUGAAUUCGGGUACUCACUUUAGGGAAAAACUUGCUGUUAGGAAAGCGGAGGAGAGGCCAUGGGACACCUACCAAAAUGGUAACAGAAUGCCAUUUGUGAACGCACGGAAUGGUUUAAAUCCUACUUCUUGGGCUCAAUUCAGUAAUGUGAAGCCGGGAAAACCUGUGGAGCUCUAUGGUCCUCCAACCCCAGGACACAACCUAAUCAAUGGUGGAAGGGAAGAAUUCCGCUUGAACAACUUCCAACAUCAAAAGCCAGCUGCUAGAAUGCAAAUUGAUUUCACCGGAGCAACCUCGAGACCCAUUGUUUCGCCAGCACACACUGUUGAGUCUGAACAUUCAGAUGUUGAAGCUCCGUGCAAGGAAGACCGUGCAGGCCCAGUGGAUGAAAAGAGGCCUCGAAAACGUGGAAGAAAGCCAGCCAACGGAAGGGAAGAGCCUCUCAAUCAUGUAGAGGCAGAGAGGCAGCGGAGGGAAAAAUUGAACCAGCGGUUCUAUGCCUUACGAGCUGUUGUUCCGAAUAUCUCCAAGAUGGACAAAGCUUCCCUCUUAGGGGAUGCCAUUGCUUACAUAACUGAGCUGCAGAAAAAACUUAGAGAUAUGGAAUCUGAGAGGGAGCUGACAUUAGGAAACACUUCAAGGGAUGCAAUCGCUUCAGAAGACAGCCCGAGUUCAGAGAUUCAAAUCCGAGGACCCAAUAUCAACAUAGAAGCUGCCAAUGAUGAAGUCAUUGUAAGGGUGAGCUGUUCACUGGAAACCCAUCCACUAUCUCGAGUCAUCCAAAUUUUCAAAGAGGCACAAAUCAACGUUGUUGAAUCAAAACUUUCCGCGGGGAAUGGUACUGUGUAUCACACAUUUGUCCUCAAGUCUAGUGGAUCUGAACAGCUGACUAAAGAAAAGUUGCUGGCUGCAUUUUCCAGUGAAUCAAACUCGUUAAGGCAACUUUCACCGGUAGGGCAAUAACAGUAUCAUGUUUUUUUUUUUUUUAUAUAUAUAUAUAUAUACUCCAGUUGUUAGGGAUAUAAAUGUAGUGAAGAAUCCAUAUCGUAGUUUUUAUUUUCUUUUCUGCAGAAAAUUUCGUAUACAUCAGUUCAAGAUAGGUGGAAAAUAACUGUCUAUUGACAAAGUAGUAGCAAA